CUAGACAAAGUUGCGUCUUACCACGUGACGUCAUACGUAAAUAAGUUGGCCAAGCUGUUUUUAGCUGUGUUGUUGAUUUCCUUUUGUCUUUUUAUUUUACCUAAAACAUAGAAGACAGAUUAAGAUAACCUACGAGCUUUAAGGGAAAAGAACGGAGAUGACAUUUUAUUACAUAAAAUAUCAGGCUAGUUACGUAAAUAAGUACGCUUCGUGUGAAUAGGAAAUCGAGCUUUUGGUAAACUAGCUAACUGGUUAGCGACACAAAUUUCCACUCCGUGCGUUGCCCAUGCUCUGUUUCUCGUCCAGUUACGUCUCCGUUGGUCCGGUUCGUGGUGUCUCCCAGAGAGAAUGAACUGGUUUUUCCCUCAGUCUAAAGGCUCCGGACCUCUCCCUCCUCUCAACAGCCUACAGCAACAGAGGCAGCGGCAGAUCGAUUCUCUGAAAGCUGCUCACCCCAGCCUUGCAGAGAUCCAGAAGGAUGUUGAGUAUAGAAUACCAUUCACAAUCAACAACUCAACCAUUAAUGUUAAUAUUUUGCUGCCUCCUCAGUUCCCUCAGGAGAAGCCAGUGGUUAGCGUCUACCCCCCUGUUGGGCACCAUUUAGUAGACAGUAAUAAUGGAACCAUGAUUACUAGUCCCCUCAUCACUAAUUUUGGGAUGCACUCCGAUCUGGGUAAAGUCAUUCAGAGUUUACUGGAUGAGUUUUGGAAAAGUCCUCCUGCUCUGAUGUCUACUGGUUCUGCUGGUUUCCCCUACAGUAUGUAUAAGCCAUCAGGCAUUACUCCCUACCCCACCCAAACUUUCCAUUAUGGUCCUCGCCACGUUGGUCCCGGUCAGACACCCCCUCCUGGUCCAGCUGCGUCACCAGCCCCUAUUCCUCACACAAGAGCGGACAUUGCUCAUGUGCCCCCUCGAGCCCCAGGCCCAUAUGGACUGUUACCUGACCUGCCACUACCUGUACCGACUGGAGACACUCAGGCUGGACUGAAUGGACACAUGUACAAGAUGCCUGAUAUUCCUGAGUCCUUUUCUGAACUCUGUGACAUGAAUUUGACCCAGUUGUCAGAGAUGUCUGAAAACGAGGAUGUGUUACUGGAGUUCUUUAUGAGUUUACCACAACUUAAACAAGUUACCAAUGAUAAAGAGGAGUUGAUCACCAGUAUAGUGGAGAUGGCCAAGAAAAACCUUCAGAUGGAGCCACAGCUGGAGGGAAGAAGACAGGAGAUGCUCUACAAGUAUGAACAGCUGACUCAGAUGAAAUCAGCCUUUGAGACAAAGAUGCAGAGACAGCAUGAACUCAGCGAGAGUUGCAGUUUGAGCACACUACAGGCUCGGUUAAAAGUGGCAGCUCACCAGGCGGAGGAGGAGUCUGAGGUGACCGCUGAAAACUUUCUUGAAGGACGCAUCGACAUAGAUGAAUUCCUGGCGAGCUUCAUGGAGAAGAGAACGAUUUGUCACAGCAGAAGGGCCAAAGAGGAGAAGUUGCAGCAGUCUAUAAAUACACACGGGCAGUUUCCUCCCAGCCACUAGAACACAAGGUUUGGUGUUUUAUCAGCAAACUGCUGCCAACUGAUUAAAAUGACUACAUGGGGUUGAAAGCACACCGAGUCAAUGAUGGGCACUUUGGAAUAACAGCAAGAUGAUGAUGAUGAUGAUGAUGAUGAUGAUAGGCUAAAUCAGUCAAGACCAUCCGAAAUUCACCAACAAGAGGCCCGAAAUGGAAGCACGAGUGACACGUACCUGGAAAAUCCAGACACUCCAUUAAGGUUUAACGUUGUGGAUAAUUUCCCUUUUUGAUUUGGAAGUGAUGAUAAAAAAUUUAAUUUUGGGAUGAAUGUCGCACACGGAGAUCACCUGCACUUGUUCAGGAUGUUUGAUACGAAUACUUGUUGAAGGACAAACAUUUAGUACAUUAUCACCAGAAAGGUGGCAUCAGUGUAGAAAAUGUGUGAAAUGCUGAAGGUUAGUGUUUGUUUUCUUUAUCUCUGAUAUCAUUUUUCAGUCCUCAAAGGCAAACUGUCCUUUGCACAUAAUUUAUUCUAUUUCUUUGGCCUUUUUCCACAUUUUACAUGCAUCCUAUGAUGGAGCAUAAAGUCGAUAAGUUGCCCGAUUCUUUUUUUUUUUUUUUUGUGCAAGCGAACAAGUCAAAUUUAGGAUUUGGGAUUGAAGUUAUCACAGUGUGGUGUUGACUACAGACACUUUGAGUUGAAUCUAUGCUUUUUAACUGCAGAAGGUUAUUUGUUAGAAAGCUGUUUUGAUUUUACUCCUAAAAACAUUUUGAAUGUGGUCUGUUUGUAGAGUCGGGGAUAAUGUGAUUUAAGAAGAUAUUGUUAAAUAUAGGGACUUCAUUUUAAACACAACUUCAUUCUUUGACCUUAAUUAAUUUAUGUUGGAUGCAAACACACUGAUCACCACGUUGCCCCGAUGAGUGCUGUAAUGACAACACAACUGUUUUCUGACACAUUUUCUGUUGUAACUUAAUGGUGAAAAGCUUCAAAAGAAGUUGGAAAAUGUCAAAGAAUAUUAGGAAAAAUUCUGCAGUAAAGCUUAAUGACAUCGGAUACUGUACUUAAAUGUUAAUAAUAGGCUAUAUUAUAAUCCGAGACUCAGACAUCUUGUAUCAUACGUUCUUAUUUAAUUUGCUAGAAUAAUAAACCUUUAGAAUAAG